AUGUCAAAAAGAUUUUUUGAAACUGCUGCACAUAGCGAUUUUUACUCUCAAUGUCGACCCACAUAUCCUGUUGAGAUGAUGAAUAAAAUUAUUAAUUAUUUAUCACUUAAAUACACUAUAAACGAUAAUGAUUUAGCUAUUGAUAUUGGUUGUGGAACUGGUCAGAGUACUGUUUUACUUGCUCCAUAUUUUCAACGAAUUAUCGGAUAUGAUGUUAGCGAACAGCAAAUAAAUAAAGCGAAUGAAACUAAUACACAUUCGAAUAUUAAUUAUAAGAUCUUAUAA